AUACGCUUUUUCAGUAACUAGAACGAAUAUGCAAGGCGGGAUGGCGGGGAUGGUGCCGGGUAUGGCAGCGCAGGGGGCUGCCGGAGGUGGCGCCCAUAUGGGCGUACAAGGAGCUUUAGGAUCCGGCAUGUUCGGAGGAGGAUUUGGAGUUCAGAGCGCCUUACCACAUAACAGUUUGCCAGCAUCCCCAUAUGGCGCUGUGACUUGUGGGAAGGCGGGCCAUUAUGCCAGGAACUGCUGGCAAGCGGCGAAUAGACAACGGCCGGAGGAGGAGAAUACUGAGGUGAGAGAGUUGCUCCAACGAAUCUCAAAAAGGGAAAAGGAGGAGGAGGAUAGAAAGAGGAAAGAAGUGGAGGAGACGAAGAAGAAAGAGGAGGAGGAACGGCGUGAGAGUGAAAAGCUUCGAGAGGAACAAGCGAGAGAAGCAAAGCUGGAAGCGACUAUUGUUCGCAUACUCCAGCAACGGAAGGAAUCUCAGCUGGUUCCACCCGUUCCUCUGAUAGCACCAGCUUCUCAUGUAGUGUUCGACCCAAAGAAGCGUUCACCACGCUCUAAGGCUCAGAUGCUACAGGACAUUCGUAGUUAUAUCGCCGAAUCAGAGGAUGAAAGCGAGGAAGUGAGAGAAGAGGCGGAGAAGUUAGUGGAGGCACUAGAAAGUAGGAAGAACUCCAGGAAAGGCACUAGUUCCGUUUUGGCAACAGCAAGUUGGGCCGGCAAGAAGGUUACACCGAAGAAGAUCACACCCAGGAAGGGGAAAGCUCCUGGUCGCGCGAAUCUGACGAAGGGAGAUGGAUUCGAGACUCCGACGAAGAUGAGUGUUGCAGAAUGCUCCGGUGACAGUAUGAUUGAAUUUGCAUUAACACAGACCAAGGUAUUGAGCGGUAUGAAAGUGAAUGAGAUACGGAAGAUCUACGAUCAAGAAGGUUUCGACUAUGCCAAGAAGGACAUCACCAUCCACGAGAUUGUGAGGUGCCGUACAAGACUGGCGUACGAAGGUUUUUUCGAACUUAAGAGCGGGACGCCAUCGUCUCAGAAGGCACAGGGCGGUGGCCUUGGAUCUCCGUGAUGAGUGAUGGGAUUACGACACAUGCUGCGGCUGUCAGGUUUCGAGAGCUGAUUACGAGA